AUGGCCUUGCGCACUUCUGCCGAUAAUGCAGAGGACGUGGCCGCGGGUUUUCGACGCUUCCGUGACCCUCUUCCUGAGCAUGCCACCGAAAUUACCGGCCUUAUCGCCGAUCUCUUUACCAUAAGUUCCUCUAUGAAGAGUUUAGAGGACCUGUCAAAAGAUCGCCACUCCCGAACCAAUCUACUUGUUGCGCGCCCGGAUCUGGAGCUUGUCCGCGCCAGUUUGAAGUAUACUCUUGAGGACAUUGUUGAUUUUUUUGGUGAUCUAGAGGAACGGACAGCGUCCAGUCGAGAUGCAUUUAAACGGACCUGGAUGGACCUGUGCCUAUUUUUCCUGGAGGAGUCUCAGGUGUCCUUAUCGACGCGCCUAUCCAGAUACAAAGUAUUCCUGAAAGAAUUGGAGGAUUUAGUGAGGGGUCAACCUUACGAUGUGAUUCACGUAUCUGGCCUUCGGGAAGCUUUCAAGGCACUGUUGAUCCAACAAGACAGUCAUCUUGCCGCCCGUCUAAGUGCAAUGUCCGUGAGCUCUCCAUCCUCCGCCAGUAGCAACAGUACCGCACCUAGUAGUCCGGUGAGUGACCGCAGGCCCCGCAACCGCAGGUCUUACGAACGAGCCCGGCCCCCGCACCUCUCCCCCCAGACGCCUACCUCUCCUUCGUCUGGCUCGUUUUUCGAUGUUCCUCCCCUCACGCCCGACGCUCCGGGUUCGCCUAUCACGAGUUCAGCUACCAGUCAUUCAUUGGGAUCCAAUCCUUUGAGCGAACAUUGGGCUAAACAGGUCUUUCUUGGGGGACGCACGGCAACUCGAAUUCCCAAUGUGGGUGAAAGCUCAAAAUGUCUUGGAGACGCGCGAUCAGGACUGAAGCCAUGGCUCCGCGAUGAGCGGUUUGAUGAGCUUCUCCAGCUGGACUUCACUGGCGCCUCUGAUUUUCGAGUAUACUUCUACCUCCGGGAGGACGAUCACCGUGUACGGAUCGUCUGCAGAUCCGCCCGACCCUCGAAGUCGAGUGAAUACUUCUGUUUACCGUUGAAUUUGCUGGAAGUGAUUCGAGAUGGUUCUUCCUGUCUGCAAUUGUGCCGACGGCGUCACAGUGGCCAGGAACUCAUAGUGUGGGCCAACCUCAAGUUUAGUACAAUCGAAGAAAUGGUUUUUUUCUUCUGUACAUUUUUGGCCCUCCGCUCCCAAGACUCAGGUCGACCAGUUGGCCGGAUUCGCGACUACGAACUCGACGAUGAGGAGGAAUUAUUCGGAGGACCUAUAGUUGAUGACAAUUACCUCCACGCCUUGCGUGUGUACCGGGACAACGUAACCGGUGCUGUAAGGCUCCAAGCCUCGGUUCACAAAGGCGAGAUGAAAAGGGCACCUGUUUGGACUGCGUUCAUAUCCGAAAACGUCAAAAUUCGAGGGUGGUAUCGUCGAGUAGAAUCGAAAGUUAUCCUCUUAAGCGAGCUCCGCCAGAUCAUCUUCACUUUCUCCGAAUACACUCCUCCACGAACAAAGAAGGGGGGGUAUCUGUUGAAAUUUACGAGUCGUGCUGACGCCGAUGGUUUCAUAGAAACCAUGGCCGAACUUGCGAGUUUAGGAUGA